AUUGCGCCGUGUGGAGGGAUCCCCAGUUCCAGCGGAGCAGCCAUGUCCGGGCGCUGCGCUACGCGCUCAAGACGUGGGCGACUGAAAUGCGGCGCGUGAAGCGCUACGACAUUGAUGUCUCGAGAGCGAUUCAAGCGUGCGCUCGCCUAGAGCAGAGCUUGAAUGAGUCGAAUGACAUCGAUACAUUCCAGUGUCAUCAGGAACAAGUCGCUAGCCUCUAUAGCGCUGCGGAUGCUGUUCUAUCAGCGGAAGAAGGUCGAUGUUUCAUGACUGAGCGAAACAAAGCAGCCAUUGAAGCUUCGAUUCUUCUAUUUGGUUCUCGAGGGGUCGUACCGAGAGUGGCAGCGGCCCCGGAGCCUCCAGUUGGCUGUAACAGGCGAGUGGACUGCAAGGCUGUGAUAAAAAGCGUGAACGAUGGCUGGCAACCGCGCUGGCCGGGAGAUUUGGGAGAUCCUUUCGAGCCUUACCACCAACUUGUCGAGCAGUUCCUCCACAGCUGCCUCACGUUCCAUGCAAAGUAUGUUUGUCAAUCGUUCUCCUCGGCAUCCUUAACUACGUAAAAGCGGUAACACAAAUGUCGGAAUUGUUUCUAGAGCUGCCAGAUUUUGUUUAACUGCGAGUUUCCUUCUGUGCUCAGGGCCUUGGAGCAGCUAAGCACUGCGUUUGCGUUGGUAAGAAGGGCCAGCAAGAAUGCAAGGGAGCUUUCGUACAUCAGAACUCUCGCCGGAGCUGCUGGAAUCUCCGUGAAAGAGUAUCGGCGACUGUGGGAGAUGUUUACAAAGAUCGACUAUGAAAACACUGGAAACAUCACUAAGAAGGAACUCAUGGCCGCGAUGAAGCGCGACAAGGACGUAAGUUGCUACUCCUUUCUCUCGAGAGCUGAAGCAUUUCAUUCCAGAUAGCCGCAUUCAUGCAAUUGUCUAGAGCCAAAGGCAAAGACGGCCGUAGAGAAUCAUUCGAAAGCGUCUUCAACAGGAUCGACUCCACUGGAGUCGGGGCCAUCACUUGGGAACAAUUCCUCUACUUCUUCUCGAGUGGUCGAUCGCUCAUCGGCGACAACGUCUGCCCAUCAAACUGCGUCUCCGGUGCUGCUAAGCGCCCGUCCAGUCCAAUUGGAGGCUCCGUGCGAUCCAGCGUUAUCGUACACCACGUCCAUUGUAACACCCCACACGACUAAGAACAUACCGUACCAAAGAACCCUAAUCUGGUUUGUCGUCCGUACGUUGUCCGUACCCAGGGUUUUAGCAAGAACCCUAAUCUGGUUUGUUGUGAUGGAGCCAUGGGUCCGCCGAUUCCUCUACAGCGGUGACAACAAGCACGUCUUCAUCGGUGUCGUGACGAUCUUGGGAGUGGGCUACAUUCCCUGGUACUUCAUGACCAGAGGUGUGAAGCAUUCCAGUCAUCAGGAUUACAUGGAUAAGGCAGAGGAAGCUCGCAAGGCGCGGCUGAGCACCUAGAGUAGGAAGAAAAUGCGGAGAUUUAGAUGAGGAAUUUCAGAACUUCCCCCAAAACUUUGUUUUAGGGUUCUUGAGGGGUAUGGCGAGAGUAGAGGAGAAGAGGCCCUGUCCGUGCUGUAGUUGCCCGUGCUGCAUCAAGUACUUCCUGGUGGUCAUGUCUAUCCUCUCCUCGUCCUCCUGGAUCUUGUGGCAGCUGAUCUCUAAAAAUCUUCCCGAGGCUCGGGAUCUGUGAUCCCUCGAUAGUUUUUCCAUUUUCAUGGCGGCAAGCGCUUGUUUCUCUGCUGGAGCGGUGAUAUUACGGGAUCGAGCCCGUAUUUCUUCGAUAUCGGCUCCAAGAUCUCUCUAUAGCAGCAAGAACGGGCUCAUAUUCCACUCGCACAAAUCUCGGAGCUUCACCGAGAAUCGGUCGCGAUCAGAUCCCGCAGUUCCCGCGGCCAGGAGUUUUGGAGAUCCGCCCGUGGAAGAGGGCGAUGGCGUGUGGAUCCAAAGGCUUGAAGCCAUUGGAGGUGUGCUCUCGUCCUUGUUCCCGGUCUGGGUCGGGAUCGCCUGUGUGGCGGCAUUGGUCAGGCCGAGCGCGUUCUUGUGGAUCAAGGGGCAGCUCCAGAUGGUCGGGAUCACGAUCACGAUGCUUGGAAUGGGAAUGACUCUUUCGAUCGAUGAUCUCAAAGGAGCCUUGUCGAUGCCACGGGAAGUUGCUGCUGGAGUGUUCUUGCAAUACACGAUCAUGCCACUAACAGGAGCUACCGUAGCUCGUGUUCUGGGAUUGCCAUCUCACUAUGCCGCGGGUCUCGUGCUAGUAUCUUGCUGCCCAGGAGGAACUGCGAGUAACGUUGUUACAUACCUUGCAAGGGGCAAUGUUGCGCUUUCAGUCAUUAUGACAGCGAUCAGCACAUUCUUAGCAGUGGUAAUGACGCCUCUCUUGACGGCCAAGCUCGCUGGACAAUACGUCGCUGUUGAUGCAAACGCUCUCGUGUUGUCAACAUUGCAGGUGGUACUUUUGCCGGUCCUGGCAGGAGCUGGGAUGGCGCACUAUCUCCCUGGACUCGUUCGGAUUCUAUCGCCCUUAGCUCCAACAGUUGCAGUGGUUACGAUUGCUGCAGUUUGUGCCGGUGCAAUCGCGCAGAGUGCUGCAGCAAUCACCACCACGGGUGCUCAGAUUUUCGUGGCGGUCGCAAUGCUGCAUGCAUCUGGAUUUUUGCUUGGAUAUCUAGCUGCCAAAGUCAUAAGGUUUAGCGAAUCCACAGCUCGGACAAUAUCAAUCGAGGUUGGCAUGCAGAACUCGGUACUGGGAGUGGUUCUUGCAAACCAGCACUUUACCAGUCCAUUGACUGCUGUCCCUUGUGCAAUUUCCAGCGUCUGUCACUCCGUGUUUGGCAGUGCCCUUGCUGGUUUUUGGCAAGCUUCUUUUCAGGGACCAUCCGAGAGUUGAGGUUGAUGGAAUUCUUAUUACUAUUGGAUUUUAUAUUGCGCUUAAUUUCAGGUC